GAAAUUCUUAACGGGCAAGUCAAAGCCCAAUGGAGAAUAGAAAAUAGAAUGACAAAAAUAAUAAAAUAAAAAAGGUAGAAAACCCUGCUGGAUUGAACCUCCUUCUUCGAGAGGCUAAAAACCCUAAACCCUUUGACCCUCUACCGCUAGCGAUAGAGAGAGAUGGGAAGUACAAGCCAAGACCUUCUACAAUUGGAGCACAAGAAGGCCUUAACUUCACCCAUUGAAUCCACACUACUUGUUUGUAAAAAUGACUCACAGGCUUGUCAAACAAAGAAGGCUCAACCUGAAGGGAAACCCAUCGGUGUUCCUGUUAUCAAAAGCCAAGUUUUGGGAAAAAUAAGGGAUUUCUUGGGAGUCAUAUCAGAAGCUAAUGAAAGAUUAGAAAAGGAUGCAAAGGAUAAUUCAAAAAACUAUGAUAUUGAAGCGCUCACUGGAAAUGAAUCUCAAGUCAUUGAAAUGGAUUUAAUGCUGGGUGUUGCUGAUCUUCAAACUCCCGAGGCUGUGGCUGCUGCGGAAUCUGCUAUUUCUGGUUAUCAGCCUGUUAUACCAUUGGCCGUCAGCAGUAGUGAAGAGGAGUCACAGGAUAGCAGUAACAACGAUAGUAGCAGUGAUGAGGAUGAGAAUGAUAGUAGCAGUGAAGAGGAUGAAAGUGAUGGUGAGGAUAAGAAAACAUCCUCUCCUGUCAAACUCAAAACACCCAAGUCUGACAAAGAUGAUUCGAGUGAUGUUCGUAACACCCGGUCCAAAAAGCGGCCAAAAAUUGUUGAGCUUCCUUGAAAUGAUGUGAGAUCUAGUUCUCGUAUCUGUGCGUUUCAGGAAUUAUCAAUUUAUUGUAAUAGUUGGGCAAGUCUAAAGACUUCCACACUGUGCGAAGGAAAUAUGAUGAACGGUUCUGGGAGUUAUCUAUAAAAAGUUGUCUAACUGUGGUAUAAUUUAAUACG